AUGGUAGAGUUUCAUGGAGAAGUUGAUCCUCCAGGGCUCGGAGUGCUAGCAGAAGAUGAAGAAGAAGCUGUAGACAUCAGCUAUGGUGAGCUCAAGAAACGAAUGUGGAAAGAUAAUAUGCGGUUACGAAAGUUCAAGGAGGAUAGAAAAAUCAUAGAAGAAGAAGGAGAAGAAGAAGAAGAAGAAGAAGAAGAAGAAGAAGAAGCCGAGACCUUAGCAAAACAAGAGGUGUCUCGUCGGAAGAAAAUGGCAAGAGCCCAAGAUUCAAUACUCAAGUACAUGGUGAAAAUCAUGGAGGUUUGCAAAGGAAAGGGCUUUGUGUAUGGGAUUGUGCCUGAGAAGGGGAAGCCAGUGACAGGGUCCUCUGAUAGCUUGAGAGAGUGGUGGAAGGACAAAGUGAUAUUUAACCGAAAUGCCCCAACUGCCAUAGCUGAGUACUUGCCAGCUUUGAUUUUUGAGCAAGGUGAAUUGGACCAUGGCUCUUAUGCUCAUCUUCUUCAUGAACUGCAAGACACUACUUUGGGGUCUCUGCUUUCUGCUCUGAUGCAGCGCUGUGUGCCUGCACAGAGGAGGUUCCCAUUGGAGAAGGGCUUGGCUCCUCCAUGGUGGCCUACAGGGGAGGAGCUUUGGUGGGGUGACCAAGGGGUUUCUAUAGAUCAUGGUGCUCCUCCUUAUAGGAAGCCUCAUGAUCUUAAAAAGGCUUGGAAAGUGAGUGUCUUGGCUGCUGUGAUCAAGCACAUGGCUCCUAAUUCAGAUAGGAUGAGAAGGCUUGUGAGGCAGAGCAAGUGUUUGCAAGAUAAAAUGACUGCUAAGGAGACUGCUAUUUGGUCAAAAGUGGUCAAUCAAGAAGAAGUCCUUCUGCAACUUACUGAGACUUGCCUCAAAAUCUCUGACUCAAAUGAAAAGGAGGAUCAGAAAGAAAGCCCUUCUGGCCUUAGUCAAAUCAAAGGCAAGAAUAAUGGGAAGCGGAUGUGCAGCUUGCCCAGCAGUGAAAAGAGGAAGAACAGCAUCUUUGAUGAAGAGGCUUGGCAAAAUCGUCAGGGCUUGAAGAGUUCUGAGUUGGGUUUAGGGUUUGUGUAUAAGAAAUCGAAGGUAGACCAUGAAUCUGCAUUAUGUGCUUCUGGUUUAUUGGCUGAGGGGAAAUUUCCUUUGUUUGAUGAAUUCCCUGUUGAUACUGGUGUUACGAGUAUGGUGGAUUGGAUUAAUAUGGAGCUGCAGAAGGCCAAUCAGAUUGGUCAGAACAGUGGUGCACUUGUAAUUAAUGGUCAAGUUGGGGGUGAGGUUUCUGACACUAAAGUGGGAGACUAUGGAGCAAGCUAUUGGGGAGGUGGUAUUGAAGAUCUGGCUAUAGAUAGAGCAUUUGAUAUCCAAAGGGGAAAUAUGGAUUUAAAUCUUUGUUCAGAAGAAGAAAUCUCACAUAGCCAAGAAUCAACUUCAAUUUGGGAUUUGGGAUAUGAUUAG